GUUGCGAGGCGCGAAUUAGUCAUUCUCUCGCCAACUUCCGCGCUCUUACGGUCGGAAAACGAGCGUCGCGAUCCAGGAUUUCUUUUCCUCUUUUCGAUCGCCUUCGCCCUUCGCCACCGAGGGCAUCUCGGAAAAUGGCCCUUGCUCGCGCUCGAGCCCUUGUCCUCCUCGCGGGGAUCGUGGGAACGCUGGCCGCCCCCGAACUCGCUUCGGCCGGAUCGCCGAGAACCGCCGCGAAGCGAGAAGUCGCGGCCACCGAGAAGCCGAAGGAGACGAAGCCAGCCAGCUCCCAGCCAGCCGGGGACGAGAGCUUCGCCGGCGCCGGGGGGGCGUCGGCGUCGGCGUCGACGUCGGCCGGAGGCUUCGGCGGAGUCCAGAGUUCCGCAGGUUUCCCGCAAGCGGGGCCAUCCUUCGGGUCCCGUGGAGGAUUUCAAGGGUAUCCCGGAUUUGGAGGGCCUUACUCUUACUUCCCGCAGUCCAAUCCCGCGGGAUUCGACCUGGAACUCCAAAGUUACCUGCAGCAGUAUCUGGCGAACAUCCAAGCUCUUCAGGCCCAGCUUCAGGCUCAGCAGCAAGCGUUCUUGGAGCUGAGCAACCGCCUCGGCCAAGGCUACCCGUACCCUCGACAGUACCCCGGAGCGGGGAUGAACUCCCAGGGAGGCGGCGGGUCCUCGGGGCCGCAUUCCGCCUCGGCGAGCGCCACCCUCGGUCCGCGAGGAGGAUUCCAGGAGGCCUCGAUCGGUCCCGUCCAACCGGGAAUUUUCUCCCGAUUCGGGGAGGACGUCCCGGCACCCUCGGGCAACAGUUUCGGGGUCUUCACCAGCUCGAGCUCGAGCCACUCGGUCGGACCCGACGGGAAGGAGACGUCGUUCAAGUCCGCGACGACCGGGGUCAACGACAACGGCCGGAUUUCCUACCACACCGUGCACGAUCCUUGAGGGGCCCUCGGGACGCCUUUGGGACGCUCUCGGGACGACGCCUGCGCUUCCUCCGGAGUUAACUUAUCUCGAUACUCUAACCGCUAUACGUCGCGCGCAUAUAUCGUUCGCUUGCGCUCGCGUUUUCUUCACUUUUUUGCGAGCGGAUCGGGGCGACGCUCCGCCUAACUAUUUGCCCAUGUUCUUAUAACUCGUUGUGCCGUAAACGAAUCUUUUUCCAAAGGAG